UCAAUUCUAAUUUCUGUCAUUACUCUGUACUCAUAAAGCAAAUAGAAAGAUUGAGAGUAGAAAUCAGAAUACUUUAAAAUAAAUAACCUAGGAAAAUACUAAUUUAUAGGUUGAAAAACAAUAUUAAUGAUUAAAAUAUGGGUAACUGGAAGUUAGAAGUCGCAAGAAUGGCUUUGUAUACAACAUUUCCAGUGUCAUUAUUUUUCUACUUUAACCAACCUCAAUAUUUUGAGCAAUGGGUUACUGAUACAAAACGACAAAUUAUGCCACCAGAAAAUAAAGCUGAUAAGGAAGCCAUCCAAAAAUUGAUUCAGGACAUGAGGAAAAAGCAAAUGCAGUCACUUGAGGAUUGAAAUGAUGUGUAACUUUCUAGGUUUAAUUUUAAUAGCUUGAAAUAAUGUUAAAUUGUUAGGUUAAUAUAUAAUAGACAAAUGUAUUAACAAA